ACGCAUAAAAUUCUUCUCCUACUUUCCAUAGUUUGAAGUUUCAGCUACAAUUCAACCAAGUCAUGGCUUUCCUCUUUCCUAGGAUUGUUAAAGUCAAGCAGCUUUUGCAACAAAUUCUCUCAUCUCCAGAAAGCACUGGUGUGCCUAGAGGUCACUUUUCUGUUUAUGUUGGAAAGAAUGAAAAGAAAAGAUUUGUCCUUCCAAUCUCAUACUUGAACCAUCCUUCAUUCCAAACCAUGCUAGGUCAAGCUGAAGAAGAGUUUGGGUUUAAUCAUCCAAUGGGGGGUGUCACUAUCCCUUGCAGUAAAGAAGUCUUCAUCAAUCUCACCUGCAGUUUGUAGAACUCUUGGUGAAUUACAUGAACAUGUAUAAUUAACUAGAGUUUGCCUAGGAGGCUUUAAUGCUCAAGGCCACUGAUAUGAACACCAAUUUCGUAUGUAUGUAGUAGACCGGCGUUUAAUUGCUAAAAUAGAUAUGAUAUUUUGACUCUUAAUCUCUACAAAACAAUCUUCUAUCCACACUGUAAGUUGAGUAAUAGCAGUACCACCAUUGGCAGGCGAUGAAAAUUAUGUUUU